AUGGCUCCCAUCAAGGUCGGCAUCAACGGAUUCGGUCGCAUUGGCCGAAUCGUCUUCCGCAACGCCGCCGAGCUCGAGAACAUCGAGGUCGUCGCCGUCAACGACCCCUUCAUUGAGCCUCACUACGCUGAGUACAUGCUCAAGUAUGACUCUUCCCACGGUGUCUUCAAGGGUACCGUCGCCAACGACGGCACCGACCUGGUCGUCAACGGCAAGACCGUCAAGUUCUACUCCAAGCGCGACCCCUCGGAGAUCCCCUGGGCUGAGGCCGGCGCCGAGUACGUCGUCGAGUCCACUGGUGUUUUCACCACCAUCGAGAAGGCCAAGGCCCAUCUCGUCGGUGGCGCCAAGAAGGUUGUCAUCUCCGCUCCUUCUGCCGAUGCCCCCAUGUACGUGAUGGGUGUCAACCACGAGAAGUACGACGGCAGCGCCGACAUCAUCUCCAACGCCUCUUGCACCACCAACUGCCUGGCUCCCCUCGCCAAGGUCAUCAACGACAAGUACACCAUCAUUGAGGGUCUCAUGACCACUGUCCACUCCUACACCGCCACCCAGAAGACCGUCGAUGGUCCCUCCUCCAAGGACUGGCGAGGUGGCCGUGGCGCUGCCCAGAACAUCAUCCCCUCCAGCACCGGUGCCGCCAAGGCUGUCGGCAAGGUCAUUCCCGAGCUCAACGGCAAGCUCACUGGCAUGUCCAUGCGUGUCCCUACCGCCAACGUCUCCGUUGUCGACCUGACUGUCCGCAUUGAGAAGGGUGCUUCUUACAGCGACAUCAAGGCCACCAUCAAGGAGGCUGCUGAGGGCGACCUCAAGGGCGUCUUGGCCUACACUGAGGACGAUGUUGUCUCCUCUGACUUGAACGGCAACAGCAACUCCUCCAUCUUCGAUGCCAAGGCCGGUAUUGCCCUCAACGACAACUUCGUCAAGCUGGUCAGCUGGUACGACAACGAGUGGGGUUACUCCCGCCGUGUCCUCGACCUCCUGGCCCACGUUGCCAAGGUCGAUGCUUCCCUGUAA